CUUGACGCGAGCCCUGAGCGACAUGAACCGUCCAAUUCCGCCGAUGCCACGACAUGCGACCCGUGCCAGGUGAUGCGGGGCCUCAGUCUGCGCCGGGUAGGCUGGCGGCGCGCCCUCGGUCCUCCGCCGCGGCGAUGCACGUCCACGAGCCAGACGCCCGCCGGGCCAGCUAAAGAGGUGCAAUUGCAGGACCUCACCGCGAAAUGGCAGCCGCUUUGGGAGAAACUGGCAUCCAGGCCGAAGCAAUCUUUGGAAUCCAACCGCGGAAAGGCAUACAUACUGCCCAUGUUCCCGUACCCCUCCGGCACGCUACACCUCGGCCAUCUGAGGGUCUACACCAUUUCGGAUGUCCUGGCACGCUUCAAGCAGAUGCAGGGCUACGACGUCCUGCACCCGAUUGGAUGGGAUGCCUUCGGUUUGCCUGCUGAAAACGCGGCCAUUGAGCGGGGGAUACAUCCGGAGAAGUGGACGCUGCAGAACAUCGAGGCCAUGAAGAAGCAGAUGAUGGAAAUGGGCGGGCGAUGGUCCUGGGACAGGGAAUUUCGAACCUGCGAUCCCGACUUCUACAAGCACACCCAGCGCAUCUUCCUCAUGCUGCACGAGCGCGGCCUAGCCUACCAGGCCGAGUCGCUGGUCAACUAUGACCCCGUCGAUCAGACCGUCCUCGCGAACGAACAAGUAGACGCCAAUGGCUGCUCAUGGCGAUCCGGCGCGAAGGUGGAGCAGAAGAUGCUCAAGCAGUGGUUCCUAAAUACCAAGGAGUUCCAGGAACCAUUACUAGAAGAUCUAAAAUUGCUGGCAGAGAACGGCAGGUGGCCCGAAAGAGUGCUCGCCAUGCAGAAGAACUGGAUAGGCCGCUCCGUGGGCACCAAGCUGUGGUUCGAGGUUAACAAUCAAAGAUCAGAAGCAAAGUUUGACGCUGUUGACGUGUUCACAACCAGAGCAGACACCUUGUUCGGCGUCAUGUAUGUUGCCUUGUCGCUGAAUCAUCCCCUGGCCCAAGCGUGCGCCAAAGAAGACGAAUCGCUGCGCACCUUCAUCGAGCGAGCAAAGGCCUUCCCUCCUGACUCGAAAGAAGGAUAUUUGCUUCAAGGCAUAGAGGUAUGGAAUCCGCUUGCAGGCCUUAUCGAGGACAACGACAUCAUUUGGCGGGUCCCUGUUUAUGUCGCGCCUUAUGUCCUAGACGAUUACGGCUCGGGAGCGGUUAUGGGCGUGCCUGGCCAUGACGCCCGCGAUCAUGCCUUCUGGCGGCAGAACAGAAGUACACAGCCCGUGAGACAGGUCAUUAUCCCCGCUCCUACAGUAAUGCCUUCCUUCUGCACUGGGCCUGGAGAUAGUCAACAUGGAGAGGACCGACCCAAUCUUGAAAAAGGAUUUGUGGCUUCGCGGGACGGUACUUUUUCGGGGGUUUCCUCAGACGAGGCGAUUGAAAAGAUCAUCACGCUCCUGCAAAGUGCGGGAAGACCCGUUGAGCGGACACAGAAUUGGCGCUUGAGGGAUUGGCUCAUCAGUCGACAACGAUAUUGGGGCACUCCAAUCCCCAUUAUACACUGCACCUCCUGUGGCCCAGUUCCAGUGCCUGAACAGGAUCUGCCCGUCGAGCUUCCUAGCUUACCGGAUAGUUUCUUCCAGAGAAGAAGGGGCAACCCUCUCGCUGAGGAUGAGGAAUGGAAGAAGACACAAUGCCCGAAAUGCCGCGCAGUUGCCGAACGCGAGACAGAUACCAUGGACACCUUUAUGGACUCGUCUUGGUACUUCUUCAGGUUUCUGGAUCCGAAGAACUCGCAGUCUCCCGUGAGUUCGACAAAAGCGGACCAGGAGAUGCCUGUCGAUGUCUACGUUGGUGGGGUGGAGCACGCCAUUCUCCAUCUCCUCUAUGCCCGCUUCAUUUCGAAGUUCCUUUCGACAACCUCCGUCUGGCCGCGCGGAAGACAAGCGAACGGUGAGCCUUUCCAGCAGCUGAUCACUCAAGGAAUGGUGCACGGCAAGACGUACUCGGAUCCCGCCACCGGCCGAUUCAUGCGCCCGGAAGAAGUAGACCUUGGUGACCCGUCGGCGCCGGUCAUCAAAGGAACGGAUAUUACCCCUACUGUCAGCUACGAGAAGAUGUCUAAGAGCAAGUACAAUGGUGUUGAUCCCGGAGCGACGAUUGCCAAGUACGGCGCGGACGCCACGCGAGCACACAUGCUCUUCCAAGCACCCGUCAGCGAUGUUCUCGAAUGGGAUGAGGAGAAAAUCACCGGCGUCCAACGCUGGCUCACACGGGUGCUCAGGCUUUCGACCGCGUUCGGGCGCCAUGCCAAAGAGAUGGAGAAAGUCACACCGUCGAGGGAUAUCGAUGCGGGAGUGGCAGAUCUGCUCAAGGCUCUAAGAGCAGCAAACAUUCUGAAAGUGGCACCGAAGCCCAGGAAUGAUCCAUAUAAGACAGACUUAGAGGAGCUUGUCGCCGCUCUGAAACUGGACGAGAUGGAGCUGCUGUCUAAGCUGCAGGAGACGAUUGCCAGCGUCACAAAAUCCUAUGCUGAGACGUACUCCUUGAACACGGUUGUCAGCGACCUCAUGACGCUGACGAACACCAUCUGGGACACGCCUCACGUUUCUGCCUGCACACCAUGGUUCAAAUGGUUCGCCACGGCCCAUCUCCUCCGAAUGCUCGCUCCAAUCGCCCCCGGCGUAGCAGAAGAAAGCUGGCAUACUCUCCAUUCGACAACCAGCCUCCACAUCCGCACAACCACCCUUCAUCCUUUCCACGACAACGGCGACUCCUCCAUUUUCGCCUUCGGCUUCCCAACCGCAAACCUCGACAUCCUACCCCUCCUCAACCCGACCACACCAUGCGUAGUGCAAGUCAACGGCAAGAAGAAAUUCCAGGCGAACAUACAGAAGGUGCCAUUGACGAUCCCGAGCCAGGACGACCCGGCGGUCAAGCAGUGGGUGUUGAAACACCUUCUGCAGACGGAUCUGGGCAAGAAGUAUAUGGACAGAGAGACGGGAGCGGUAUGGAAGGCGGGUGGGUUCGGAGAACGGCAUCCGAUAUACAGACUCGUGCCGAACGAUUGGACGGUUAUUGUUGCGAAGAGAGGGAGGAUAGUGAAUCUCGUCAGUCCGAAGAAGGUAGGCGGCAGCAAACGCGACACCGAAUCGCGUAUUGAAAAAGGAGGAAAUGUCAUCGGAAAGAAAACAGGCGGAAAAUGAGGAGCCGACUCCAAGAAGGAGACGCAGAAGAAAAGUCCAGCCAACCCAUCUUCAACUUCCCUCGCACUAACAGCCGUUUCUAGUAUGGCGUGGGGUUUGGUAGGACGCUCUCCUUGUACGAUAUCUGUGGAGAUACAUGCAUCUCCUAAGUUAGGUUAGUUUAGGAGUGUAUAGUGUAUAGUGUAAACUAGUGUACAGUACUUUCUACAUAUCC